GUUGAUUCUUUCUUUUUGCUCUGUUUCAGCUUAUAUCCAACAUUCCAUACUUUUUUAUUGUUUAAAUUUUAAGCUAUAAGAGUAUCAUUAGAGCAGCAACAACAAAAAAAUAGACCCGCAACCGUACAAAAAAUAGAAAAUGGGAACCCCAGAUGAAUGGUUAGAUACUGUUCGUAAAUGUGAAUAUUUGCCUGAGCAAGACAUCAAAAAAUUAUGCGAGAUGGUCAAAGAGUUAUUAAUGGAAGAAUCCAACAUUCAACCAGUUCAAUCGCCUGUUACUGUCUGUGGUGAUAUUCACGGCCAGUUUUAUGAUCUGUUGGAGUUAUUUAACGUUGGUGGUGAUGUGAAGGAUACAAACUACAUUUUUAUGGGUGAUUAUGUGGAUCGUGGCUAUUUUAGUUUAGAAACCUUUACACUUUUGAUGGUCUUGAAAGCAAAGUACCCAGAUAAAAUUACAUUGUUAAGAGGAAACCAUGAGAGUAGACAAAUUACCCAAGUAUACGGCUUUUAUGACGAAUGUCAAACGAAAUAUGGAAAUGCAAACGUAUGGAAGUAUUGUUGCUCGGUGUUUGAUUAUUUAACCUUGGCUGCUAUUAUUGAUGGAACGAUCUUAUGUGUUCAUGGUGGAUUAUCUCCUGAUAUUAAAGCGCUCGAUCAAAUGAGAACUAUCCAUCGUUUACAGGAAAUCCCUCACGAAGGGUCCUUUUGUGAUUUAAUGUGGUCUGAUCCUGAUGAUAUAGAUACUUGGGCAGUUAGUCCUAGAGGAGCUGGUUGGUUAUUUGGUGGUAAAGUGACAAGUGAAUUUAAUCAUAUCAAUGGAUUAUCUUUAAUUGCAAGAGCUCAUCAAUUGGUGCAAGAAGGAUAUAAAUACAUGUUUCCUAAUGAUGAGUUGGUUACUGUCUGGUCAGCACCUAACUAUUGUUACCGUUGUGGUAAUGUUGCUUCUAUUAUGGAAGUACGUGAUAACGAAACAAAGUUUAAAAUUUUUGAUGCCGUACCUGAUCAAGAUCGUUUUGCUCCUUUCUCUGUAAGAAACGGUAUGGCCGGAGGUGGAUCUAAGAUGGGUGGCACUGGAGGCCAAUAUUUUGUAUAGUUUUUCUUUUUCUUUUCCCCUCUCCCUCUCUUCUUUAAUAUUAAUAAUACAAUGUCCAUUCUUUUAUGAUUAUACAUUUUUAAGGAUCGCCGACUUACACAAGGAAAUAAUAUAGCGUGCAUAAGAUAGUGGCUUUAUAUUUACUAAAAAUCCUAUCAAUGAUUAAAUCAC